GUCUGAUCACGGAAAAAUUAUGUUUUGUGUAUUGAGGAAGCCAUGUCUUUAAAGUUUUGCAGGCAAAUAUUUCGGUGACACAUUUUAAACAAAAUCCAAACCCACAGGCGUAAAUUCGAGAGCAGAAGAAGACAACGGGAACCGCAGACGAUCAAGGAUGUCAACCUCCAUUUUGGCCACGAUGUGCGCCGAGCGCCUGACCAAGAUCCUGGUCCGCUACUCACGCGCCCCCCAGCCCACGCUGGUGCGGAACGAUUGCCAGUCGCAGUCCCAGUCCCCGCGCUCCCUUCAGAGUGUUAAUCCCCUGCCGCGGAGCGAGGCCACUGUGGCCCACCUCAAGCCCCUGGCCAACGGCGGACAGGUGUCGUCUUUGGGGAAACCAGCCGUCAAGUGGCAGCCAUUGACCAGCUUCUCUAGCAUAGGACAGAGGCUUCAGCAAGCAAACAAGACAGAGCAGGCGAUCCUGAGACCCAAGACAGAAGUGCCGCAGUUAACCAGCUUGUCUAACAUCGGACAGAGGAUUCAGCAGGCAAACAAGACAGAACCGACGAUAAUGAGAACCAAGACGGAAGUUCCGCCACUGAACUUUACGAGACAUACCGAUAGCUUAGCCAGCAAAUCGAGGGGAUUUCAGGAUUGGAAGAACCUGGGUUCUUCACGCUACUCAUCGCCGUUCGCUAGUAUUUUUCAGGGGCAAAGCGUACCGUUGAAGCCCUUCGCCCAAGAUUCUCUUGCCUUCCAUGCCAAUAGAGUGUACAGGGACUGCUAUUAGCCGGUUACACUCGGGCAGUCCUCGAUCCUGUUGCCAAGCCCGGCCGCAGCUCAGCCACAGCACCACACCAUGUGUGUAGAGCCGAGUUGCGACUGAGAUUGGUAACAGGACUCGGGGUUGGCCUGGACUCUGUAACAGA